ACUUCUUGAUCAUCGGUUUAGGGGUUGAGCUGUGAUCAUUUUGUAUUUAUAAGGGUUUAGGUUUGGUGGGGAAGCCUAUUAUUAGGAGAUGGAUUGCGAAAUAUCAACGUGUCCCUCUUAUCUUUGAUGAAAGAUGUCAAAUAUCAAAGAUGUGACAAAGAGCUUGUUUCGUCACCGGUAUUAUUGAUCAUCAUUUAUCAUUUAUCAUUCUUUCACCAAAUCACAACUAUUAACUUGAGAUUAUAAAUAUCACUUUCACUGCAGAGAAGAAUCUAGAUUUAUUUUAGAGCACAUAUACUUUGACUUUUAGUAGUAGAUAGAUGCUGGUCAAAUAGGGAGUCCAUCUUCACAUCCACACACCUGUGAGACUCUUCAGAUCCUAGUGGGAAAUAGGGAAGUAGGAGAGAGACAAAAUAUCAAGCCUUGGUUCUCUUUGAUUGUAUCUUUCUUUUAACUUGCCUUGUGGGUGUAUUAGAAGAUUUCUUGGUAUGGUAGUAUAGUCGAUACAUUCUUUACAAAUCCUAAAUAAUGUGAUUUUAAAUAAUGUUGGAUAUAAUGAAUCUUUAGAUAUCUUUACAAUAGCAGGACAUUGAUUGCUUUGAUCACCACUUAGUUGAAAAGUUGGUAGUGUGAACUUACCGUGCACUAGACUAUAAUUGUCUCUAAGUCAAAUAUGAGUUUGAAACAAUGCAUGUGUUUAUUGCUCGUUGUUGACCAAUGGUAAGAUUGUUUCAUCCAACAUAUAUCAUUGGCUAAGCCUUUGUGAAAGAGUUGAGUUGCGAGGGACGUCUUGUAACGUAAUUUCAAACGAUUUCUACCAAUGGCUAAUAAAUGAGUUACAUCUUGUCUUAUAAUGUAAUCUAUAUUGAGGAGGCUGCCUAAUAACUUAAUUAUUAUAAGUAACAAAGUGGCAUUGUUGCUAAGAGGUACAUAGAUUCAACUAUUUUGUCAACUUUGAUCUGUUCGUCUCCACGAAGAUAAUUGUCUCUCUUAUAAACUUGAAUUGAAGAAACCUAUCAGAAUUAUAACAACGUGGCCAAUUUUCACGGGGUGGGACAUUUUGUGAUUCUUUACACUAAAUUCCUAUAUAUCUGUCUUCAAUCUUCUUACUCGAAGAAUUGGGUUUUCCACUCCCAAGUCUUCCCUUCCCAUUUUCUCUCCAAAGUCUUCCCAUUUUCGCUUCUUCUUCUUUUUCUUCCUCACUCUGUUUUCUGAACUGAAAAGGGUUUUCUUGGUAGCUAAUCCUUUCAUAUGUUUCUUCUUCAAUUUGUUAGUGAGAAGCUAUCUUUGAUGAUUUUUUUGCGAUUGAUCCUUCUUCUUCGUUGUUUUGCGGAUUUUACAGAUUGAUUAAGCUUCUUCUUCCUUUGUUACUCUUUCUUUUCACAUCCCCAAUUGUAAUUUGUGAUCUUAACCAAAAAUCUUCCUCAAGCUUGUUAUUAUUCUUUCAGAUCUAACAUGUCUGUCGGAGACAUGGCUUCUUUAUCGGAGCAUAAAACCAACUGCCGCCGGAAAGCUCUAACUUCCGGUGACUCUACAAAACCGAAGCAAAGGCUUCUUAGGAUCAUCGUCACCGACGCCGACGCUACUGAUUCCUCUAGUGAAGAUGAACUGAUUUUGGGAUCAAGAACAACCAUUAGGAGACACGUAAGAGAGAUCACUAUAAAACGUCAUUCUGUUGCUGAUAGUUCACCAAAGUCCCCCGUUUCGGGGAUUUGCAAGAAGCGGAACCCCAGAUCACGAAGGUCUAACAAUUCAUCUCGCCGGAAUAAGUUCAGAGGAGUCCGGCAGAGACCGUGGGGCCGAUGGGCGGCGGAAGUUCGAGAUCCGAUUCUCCGGAAACGGAUUUGGCUCGGAACCUUCGAUACGGCGGAAGAAGCAGCGGCGGUUUACGACCGAGCUGCUAUAGAACUCCAGGGUCCAAACGCCGCAACAAACUUCUCGGGGGACGGAGCAGUAAAAACGGCGGUGGACGGCGGUAGCAAGGAGGAGGACGGCGUAGAAUCGCGUAAAACGACGGCGGCUUGGUCGCCGACUUCGGUGCUCCAUUACGACAGCUUUUUGACUCCGAUUGAGGAGAUGGUGUAUUGUGGAGAGGUGGAUGAGUUGGGAUUGGAGAUGGCGGCGGCAAGUCUGCCGGCAGCGAGAAGGCAGUGCUGCGGGGAAGAAGAUUUGGGGGAGAUGGAGCUGGACUUGGACUAUUUCUUGGUUGACGUAAUUUACUAACGACGUGGAAUAUCUAUUAAUAUACAACGACGUUACGAAUUUAAUAAUAGCGAUUAUAAAUAUAUUAUGUCAUUAAAUAAAUAUUAGGUGAAAUUUGUGAUGUGGCUAAAGUUAUGAAUCACAGGUAUUUGGGAGUGUAAUUUUGUGGAUUUCGUUUUUGGCUUCAAAUAAGUAUGACAUGAUUAUAUUUGGAAUUCAA